AUCAAAACUGGAGGGAAAACAAAGACAGGUAAUAAACCCACAAAACACACAAGGGAAGGAACAUACUACAAAAUACAACAGGAAGUGACAGAACCUUAAACUAUGACACAAAUGUGUCACCUGAGAGUUGAAACACAGGUCUGGGCAAAGACAAUCUUGCCAUUAUUUUAAUUUAAAUGAAAAUUCCUUUAUGGAAAUAGUGAUAUAACUGCUUCUCUCCUCAACAUCUAUUUUGUUGGCGACCCUUUUCAGUAAUUUUGUGUUAGAGUAAAAUAAACACUUUUGUUUGUGUGCGUGUGUGUGUGUGUAUGGUGGGAAGGAGUUAGAGCAGCUGUAAAGAGAUGAGUGUCAGUAUUCAGUGGUGAAUCAGUGUGGAAGGAUGAAGCUUCUACUCAGCAGUCUGCUACGCGUCUCUCUGUGUGCUCUCUCAUCUUGGAAUGUUUCAUCAGGCACAGUUGUUGUUACCCAGACUCCUGAUGUCUCUGUCACGGAGGGGGAGAGAGUACAUAUCACCUGCUGCUGGACAAGGGAGUUUGAAAGAAUAACAAUUAACUGGCUGAAAAAUCAAACAGAUAUAAAGAUUGAGAUUUUUGGCUUGACGAAUCACUCUCAAGGAUCUCUGCGAAAGGAGACAUCUGAUUGCUCAAACUUGACCUUAGCGAAUAUCACAAGAAAGGAUUCGGGGAGAUACAUCUGCAAGUUGUCUGUGGAGAUACCAUUUUUAACUGUGGCUGAAGGAAAUGGAACUGUCAUCACAGUUACAGACAGAGAGAGCACAACACAGUACAACACAGCAGGAGAACAUGGACAUCCAGAUUCUACCAACAAUCCUCUACCAUUUCCCAUGAUAAUUUCCCUGGCUGUAGUGGGCCCAUUACUUUUCAUCACUCUUGUGUGUUUCUGCACUCUACGAAGGAGACAAGCACAAGCAGCCAGGGUGAUCUACGAGGUUCCCCAUAUUGACUCUGAGGAGGCAGAAAUGGACAAACAGAGCACCAGCUCUUCCAGAGGCUCUUCUCAGUGGUGUCAGGUAGCAGUGUAUGAAUCCUUUGAUUACUUUGAACGUGUGGAGAUUAAAGAAAGUGGAUGAGGAUCUGCUCAGGGGAAUUUCCUCAUCUUACAGUAUUUUCUUUCCCUACUUUUCAGCAUGUAUAUGAUGUGCAUUCAUUUACUUACCUUUGCCUGAAUUAUGUAAAUGAUUUUAUAUGAGUGUAAAUAUUUUAUAUGUUUCUAUAAACUAAGUCUCAUCCA